CGUGUUUUGUAGGAACGGAAAUUUUGUACAAUAUAGUUAGUGAUGGGCCACACUUCACUGGCCCACUCAUGAUAAUUAACAUGGGCCAUGCGUUUUGUAGGAGCCGAAAAUAGGAAGGAUUAAUUGGGUUCAGCGUUUUGUAGCAUACUGUUUACUUAUUAUACCCAUUCAAAUUUACCAUCUUGUCCCUGGUUUAACUUGGCAAAAUACUAGCGUACCCUUCUAUUUUUUUCGCAGAUAUAGUGGCGGGAAUAUACCUAUGGCAUCCCAAAUUGGAGGGAUUUUCAGCAAUAAUCAGUAGAUAGCAAAGCAAUUUUUUUUCCUUCUCUUGAAAUCUGCCGGCGCAACUUCGACGGGAAAGGAAAAUCACUUCGUGCUACGUUCAAUUUCAAAGCAGAUCCGCAACGACCAUGAGUGAAACGCAACAAGUAGGCAGCAGCGACAUCGGUCGUGUGAGGGCAUCGAAGCCCGACAAGACACGCCGAAGCUGGACGCCCCGGGAGGAAGAAAUGUUGUUGGCCUCGCUCAAGGAACUCGUUGCUCAAGGUUGGAAGGCCGACAAUGGGUUUCGAGCUGGCUAUCUUUUGAAACUCGAAGAAUCUAUGCGCAAAGAAUUUGUCGGGACUGACAUAAAAGGGAUGCCGCAUAUCAAUUCCAAGCUUAGCGCGUGGAAAAAAAGCUAUAACUCGCUACUUAUGGCCCUCAAUGUUAGUGGAGUUGGGUUUAAUGCGAAGGGGACGUUCAUGUUAGAUUGUGACAACGAUCAGUGGGAGACGAUUGUGAAGAAGGAUUCAAACGCAACCAAGAUGCGUUUCAAAAGCUGGCCAAUGUUUGAAGAUUGGAAAGAAGUAUUUGGUAAGGACCGUGCAAAUGGCUCAAACGCAGAGGAUGUUAUGGAGGCAAUGCACAAGAUGUAUGCGGCUGAUAGUCUUGGUGAAGUAGGUGGCAAUCUUGGACAGCAGACUGGUGAUGGUUUACAGCAUCAUGUCAAUGAAGAUGGAGAAGCGACCGAAGAUGCAGAAGAUAGUGUCUGCCAGGGUGAGAAAAAGGUUUCAACUGCAAGAAAGGUGAGUAAAAAACGUAAAACAGGGGAAGGGGAAGAGAUGAAUGGCGUCUACAAGUGGCUCGGGGAGAUUAGUCGUGACACCAAAGAGCGCCUUGACAACCUUGCCACUCGCGUGGGAUACGAGUUUGAUCUCGGCAUGGCGAGGCAGACAGUAUACGAGCAAUUGGGUUUGAUUCCCGGGCUGGACAUGAAUGACAAGUUUGAUAUUUGUGAAAUUUUAGCGGACAAAGUUCAGCGCCUGGAGAUCUUCAUUGGGUUGCCUGCCGAAGCGAAGAUUCAGUACGUGGCACGUCUUCUUCAAGCUCAUCGUAAUGAGUCUCGUUUCCCCUGAACUGGCAGCGCUUGAUGUUAGUAUUUUGUGUGAUCUAGUUGAAUCCAAAACUUCUAUAUAGGAUCCAAGAUCUAUUUUGGCUUGUUUAUGUUUGGUUUAUGUGUAUAUAUUUUGUGUGAUCUAGUUGAAUCCAAAACUUCUGUAUAUAUUGACUCUGCUAGUUGGUUGUGAUGCCGUAGUGCGGCGGAGCGGUAGUAAUCUAGUUCUGGUCUAUUUAUUUUG